CCGAUGACUGCCAAACCUAAGGGUAUGCGACGGAAAGGAGAUUCGCCCAUGCUGAACUACAUCUUCGAUUCGUAUGCCACGAGUAAUAAACAUUUUCAUGAUAAAUUCAAAGCACCCUCGUUCGAAGGAGACCUAAACUCGGAUACUAUAAUCAAUGCAGACACAGGGUCCACCGUGGUGUUCGAUUGCAAGGUGUCUUCUUUGAGAGAUAAAACUGUAUCCUGGUUGAGGGUAUCUGAUGAUGAAAAUUUGGAGUUAUUGACUCUAAAUCUUGACACAUACACCGCUGAUGCAAGGUACAGAGUGGAUUUAGCGGGUGAAAAUUGGAAAUUGUCGCUUUCAUAUGCAAAAACUCAGGAUUCUGGCAUUUAUUGUUGCCACGUAUCAACACAUCCGCCUAUGUUAAGGAGAUUUAAACUAAUAGUGCAUGCUCCAGAAAUAAGGAUGAGUAAGGAAACGUUCCUAGAAACAGGGGAGACUCUGUCUCUCAAGUGCUCUGUGCUACAUUUAAACCCUGGAGAAAUUACUCCAGAAUUAUUUUGGUAUAGAGGCAAUAGCAGUACCCCCUUGGAUGAGGUUCGGGGAGGAGUGCUGGUGGAAACAGAUCAACUAACCCUGACCAGCCAUUUACAGGUGGCUCGUCUAAAAUUAGAAGAUGCUGGAAACUACACGUGUGCUUUGGAAUCACCAAUACAAAUGAAGACUGUCACCAGAGUGCAUGUAUUACAAGGUUCAAGCCUGGCGGAGCUGCAGAGCGGAGUUAAAACAACAACGAGUUACAUUAGCCUCUUGCUUGCGUCGCUUCUAAUUAUACUGGCUGGCUAUAGUGACGUGAGGUGACCUAGUUUGUUCUAGAAAAUUCUAGAAGCUAACGGAAUUUCUAUGGGAACAAGUAUUGUAAACAAUGCGUUUGGACGGUUUGCUUUUUUGUUUAUGAUGUAUGAACGCAUAUUACAAAUAAACUGUCUUACAACAAAUCUUUAGACAGGGUUUAACUGCGCGGGUUCUCUUUAAUCU